CUACUGAGACGGCGUCCUCCGAAAGGGUACUUGGGUGCCCAACUCUGAAAAGUAAAUGGGUACCCAUGUUUGGGCCCAUGGUCGUCUCGGCGUCGCUGACCAGUAAAAGAAAUAUAUCUUCCUUCUCCCAUAGCCGCCUACAGAGCAGGAGCUCAUGGCGAUGCAGAUGUCGGCCGCCAGAGGUGUUGAAGUCGAGUUUUUGUCAGAUCCCGUCGACAGAUUUCCACUGCCAGAUCUCGCUGCCGCACAGCCCUUGGUUGCUUACGAGAUGUACAAAUCCAUGGAGUGUGAGCCUGCUGAGUCCAGCAUUGAUGAUGUGCGAGACGCUCCGGUCAACAGUAAUUGCGAUGCGAUUGCCUUGUCUGCAGUAGCAUCUGAGCAUUCUACGGGCAAAGACACCCCUGAAGCCCCAGGCUGGAGGAAGAGAAUGCGAGUCGGAAGUUCAUCUAGCGAGCGCCACCCAUGCGCUGACAGGAUGACUGCUUUGGAAGCAACACUAAGAAGCUAUGCAGAGAAAAAAAACUGACACUGUCGUAGUUCCUACUAUGGGAACAAAAUUUGAUUCUCUUGGAGAAGCCUGCCAGAACAUGUCCCUGGAUGUGCAUGGAUGCAGAAAAUCUCCUUGGGAUAUAGAGCUGGAAAUCUGGCACUUGGGGUGUUCUAGAGCAUCUGUGUCAUCCAAGUGAGAGGAGAAUAUCCUUUGUCUUUAGGACAUGCUUGCUGAACAUGCAAGUUCCCUAGACGAAGGAUGAGUAUAACUGAUGAAGCUUUAUG